CUAACUUGUGGCAUGACCCUUGUGGGUUCAUUUCUUUGAGAGCAUUCACUUUCUGCACCAGCUAGUAUAUGUAGGCAAAGGGAGACAAUAGUGAUGCAUAGUAUAUGUUUGUGUGUAUGUGUGAAAGAGAGGGAGAGAGAAAACAUACGUCAUUGACAGUGGAAGAGUGCAUAUAUAUAGUAGGAUCUAAAGGGUUGGGAAAAUUUGUGAUAAAAGAUUAUCAUGGGGAAAGGACGAGCACCAUGUUGUGAUAAGACUAAAGUGAAGAGAGGUCCUUGGAACCCUGCAGAAGAUCUUAAACUCAUAGCCUUCAUCCAGAAAUAUGGCCAUGAAAACUGGCGAGCUCUCCCAAAACAAGCUGGGCUUCUGAGAUGUGGAAAAAGUUGUCGUUUGAGAUGGAUUAAUUAUCUAAGACCUGAUGUGAAGAGAGGAAAUUUUACACCAGAGGAAGAGGAAACCAUCAUAAGACUUCACAGGGCCAUGGGAAACAAGUGGUCAAAGAUUGCAUCACGUUUGCCUGGUAGGACAGACAAUGAGAUCAAGAAUGUCUGGAACACCCACUUAAAGAAAAGGUUGUCUCCUAAAAAAACUUCAGAAUCAAGUACAGAUGAAUCCAAGCCAGAAUCAACAAUAACUUCCACCUCUUCCUCUUCCUCUCAGUCCUUUUUCUCAAUUGAGAGGCCAAAUUCACCCAAGAGCACUACACCUUAUACUAAUGAAUUCUGUGACCAAGCAGAGCAAUUAUCAAUGGAAGAUAAAAUUGAGCAGGAUUCAGAAAAAGCAGUGUCAAGUGAACUACUAAUUGGCAUGACUGAGGAUCCAAAAGAGUCAUCGGCUUCAUUUUCUUGUGAGUCAAAUAUUGUAAACUCGAGCCAGAAUGUUGCACAGAAACCAGAAGAGACAUUGGCUUCGCCCUUAUCUGUAUCAAUAUAUACUGUUGAGACAAUUAAUAUUGUAAAUUCAGGCCAGAAAGUUGCACACAAACCAGAACAACAAUUGGCUUCUCCAUCAUCCUACCUAGGACCUUAUGAUGUCGGCCAUAUUUUAGAAAUUCCAUGGGAACCAGAUUAUGAGUUUUGGAAGUUAUUAGAUGAUGAUAGCCCUGGAUCUUUUCAAUCAAAGGAAGUCCAAUUAGGUGAGUUCUCAGCCAACCAAAACAUGAUUCUUGGAGAAGAGGGUGUUCAAGAUGGUGAAGCAAGGAAGUGGACCAAUGAUUUUGAGAAUGAGUUUGGAGUAGUAGGUGAGAUAAAGGAGUCAAACAAGGAUCAUAAUUUCCUACCAAAAAACUAUGCAGUUGAGCCACAAAUGGACCACACUAAGGCAUUUAAUUUCGAUGAUAUGACAGAAGCAGAAUCUGAAUUGGACUUUGGUUCUAUCCCAUUAUGGCUCUCUUCGCCUCAAAAUACUACUCUCUACUUUAAUACAGACCAGUAGUUGGAUAUAAGAAAUCACGAAACAGUGAUUUACUUAGUAGGUAUACUGACUAUGAUAAAUUAAUCAAGCAGAAUAGGUCUCUUUGAUGUAUGAUGGGUUUCAUGUAUCCCCUCCAAAAUCAAGUUAGAACAGGUUGUAGAUUGAAGCACAAAUACGCAGUGUAUUGAAUAAAUUGUUGGUGAACAACAACUAUCAUAUACACCAUGAAAGUGGGUAGGUCAUAUUCUCCA